CUAAGUUUCUUUCUUUCUGUUUAAAACUGUUACUAAAAAUGUUUGAUAAACUGCAUCAUGGACUUGUGAAUUCAGGUAGUUACAGCUACUGCACAGUACUUCAGAAUACACUUGCAAAUAGCUUUCCAAACAACUGUCAAAACGUCUUUGUUGUAAAGUACUCUGUUUAAAUGUGUAUAACUAUACUGCCAUACAAUUUCUCCUAGUUAUGUCUGAGCAAAACCUGUGUCAGCCCUCAGCUUACGUCCGUUGGAGCGAUGAAGAAACGCGGGUGUUAAUAUCCAUAAUAAGGGAAGAGGGUGUGAUGAGGCAGCUUGAUCGCCCGAAGCUACGGAACAGUUUUGUCUACCAAAAAGUAGUUGAUGCUCUUUCUAAUCAAGGGAUUGAGCGCACAGUCCCCCAAACGAGGGACAAAUUCAAAAAACUGAAGCAGUCCUACCUGCAGGAACGGGCAAGACGGUCCCGUUUGGGAGAAGAAGGACGGUCCCAGUUUCGUUUCUGGGAAGAAAUGAACUGUUUGUUGGGGCAGCGGGCAGUAGCAUCUGUGACUGCCUGCUUGAUUGACACCUCCCAGCCCUCAAUGUCUGCAGCAUCUUGCACCUCUCCUAAUCAAGAAGGCUCCAGCACUAGUACCACUCUUCCAGCCCUGUCACAGUCAGCAGUCGGAGCAUCGUCACAGUUUGGCUCACAGCAUGCUGAAUGGGUGGAGGAGCUCUGUAACCCAGAUGCUCCUUCUGUGGAGCUGCAAGAGGAGGACAUAGAGAUAGGAACCUCGGUGGGUGGGCCUGCACCUCCUGCUCUGCACGCACAGUCUGGUGUUGUGGCUGACCGAGCACGACGUCAACAGUACCCUUCAGCGGCAGAGUACAGGCAAUCCAGUCUCAUGGAAACAAGACUGUUGAGACGCCAGAUGCAGGCCACCGCUGCCAGACAACAGAUGCUGUUCCAACAAGCAGAGCGUCGUCGUCAACGAAACUGGGCUAGGUGGAUGAGGCAGCAACACCAGCAACACCAGCAAAUGGUGGCAAUGUUCUCAGAGUUUCUACAGAGCAUUGCUGAGACUUCGAGAGCUGCCACGGUUAUGGUUGACGUUGGCACUGACCCAGUACCAAUGCCCAGUGUUUCCUCUUCUGGCAGGGGAUGAUCUGGUGUCAUUCGUCGGUCCGGUUGCCUUUCUCAAGGCAUUUGCACCAGGGGAGGAAGACGUCAUGCCUCGAAAAUUUUAAAUAAAUGUAUAUACUUUUGUUGUGUUUUUCUGUAUUUGCUUUCCAACAACUGAUUUACAUUGGUGUAUUUUUAACCAUGAUUUUUGUAAUCCAACGGUUGUGUUUUAUAGCUUUAAAAAUGAAAGAUAUUAAAGAUGCCCUAUGAACUUAAGUAACAAUCCAGGGAAACAACUGGUGAGCUGGAGAUCACAUAUUUUACAGCCCCUUUCAAUUUGGAGACAGAAGACUUUUAAGACCAUUGCCCCUGUAGCAGAGGAAUUCUAUGGUACAACAAAUUAUGUUUAUAAUGAUAUUAUACAAUAAUAAUACAUACGUUAGCUACUAAACCGUCA